GUACUUGCUUUACUUUGCUUUGCAAGUGUGAUCUCGCCAGUCGCGCCAUCAAUCCUUUUUCAUCGCGGACAUACACACAGAUACAUCUUCUCUAUCAACCAAGCAGCCUAAAUAUUCUCGCCGUCUCCAUUCAGAACUUUUAGCGUUCCCAACUCUCAGUCCGUCACCAUGCUUUCCGCAAAAGAAAUCGCAUCGAAAAAGGCGCAGGUCUUUGCACAGCUUACUGCGGGGGGUACGAACGCACAGAUGAAGGAGUGGUAUCAAGAGUAUAAAAAGCUCGACGAUGAAUUCAAGGCGGCCCAAGGCCACGCAGACGACAGAGCCGAAGACCACGGCCAAGGACCCGCAGAGAACAGCACCUAGAGAGCCCUCUUGCCACAGUAACCCCGAUGACACUUAACGUUAAACUAAAUUUCGGCGUGGUGGCAACGACAGGGUGAUGUCAGUUGGGGCAGGCUAGGGUGCAGGCAUGCUGACUCUUUCUUGUCUUGAUUUGCAGUCGACCUCGCGGUCAAAGCAGGCGGUACCUGGAGCCUCGGGUCAACGAACAAAAUAAGUCUCGGUUGCCGUUUUGGUAGGUGACGAGGAUGUCGCAGGAUGUCGCAGAGUUCCGUGUCAUUCUUCUCGGAUAUAUCGU